AUGACUGAAGAAGGCAUUCCAGAAAGCUUCAAUCUUUCAAGUUCAUUGCUAUUUGCACCGGCCGAAUCAUUAGUGGAGAAAGAGACUGGAAGAGAUCCGAGUUUGAGUGUUGAGGCAACUGAUACAACCGACCUACCAGAAGAUCAUGACACUACACAUCUCCAACCUGAAGAUGAAAGUAUCGAAUUGCCACAGCUAGAUAGAAAAGAAGUGAAGUUGUUUUCUGGUCAGUUUAUAAACCUUGAAAGAAGACAACGCAUUGGGCCUCAAGCACAUACUCUCGAAACAAGCAAUUUGUACAUGGACAUGGACUCGCUUUUUGCCAAAGUAGAGCUUAAAAACAAAAUCAAAGACAAUUCAUCGAAACUUGAGUCAAAGAAGAAGCACCCAACUACACCAAAGAGUAUGUCCUUAUGGACAGAAAAGUAUAAACCGCAGAAUUUUCUACAGUUGUGCCCAGCUGGGAACGAGAGGCAGUAUAGAACGAUUAUGCGAUGGCUUCAAAAAUGGUCUCCUAUGGUAUUUGGUGAAAGAGUAAAAGAAACGGAUGGAACCGAUUCGUUAGGUAGACCAAAUCGCAAAAUUUUAUUGAUUCAUGGACCACCAGGAGUGGGCAAAACUGUUGCUACCCACAUUUUGGUUCGUCAAAUGGGGUACAAUGUCCAAGAAUUGAAUGCCAUGAAUAGUAUGGAUACCUUGCCUCAAGGAUCGGCAAACAGUUCCACAGGUAGUAAUGCUUACUCAAAUGCGUCAAACGCUUUAAAGUUGAAGAUACAAAACACAUUGACAUCGAAUGCGGUGUCAAGAAAUGGGAAACCAUUUUGUUUACUCAUUGAUGAGUUGGACUCAUUAGCAAACACAAAUGACGUUGUCAAGAUUUUGCAAGACAUCAUCAAUGCCGACCAGCGUGCAUAUUCCAAACAGAAAUACGUGGACAAUAACGAUGCCAAGAAACUGAAAAAGGGUGAUAGGUUAUUAAACAGACCCAUUAUUUGCAUUGCCAAUGAUAUAUACUCGCGACAACUGGGUAAAUUUGGACCGAACCCUUUGGAGAAGAUGAGAGCAAUAUCCGAUGUUGUCACAUUUCGAAAACCGGCAAUUGCCCAAAGAGCGACUGGUGCCAAAGUCAGUGGUAGUGCUAUGAAAUCAGUCAAGGAUUUUUUAAUGAGUGUAAGUCAACGAGAGAAAAUGGGAUUAGAUUAUAGAGAUAUUGGCGAGAUUUGUGAGGUAUGUGAUGGAGACUUGAGAGCAUGUUUGAAUCAAAUGCAAUUUUCAGGAAAACGUGUGGCUUCGAGUAUGAAUGUCAAGAAAUCAGCCGUAGACAAGCACAUGUCUUGGUUUACAAUGGUUGAGGAUGUUUUCCGAAGAGAUCCUCAAUUGAAAAAGGAAGACAAUUUCAAUGUUCUUUUGCAAAAAUAUAUGGAUGGACAUGGAAAAUCCAUCACUGGAAGCAGUGACUUGGUUGAUAAGUUUAUAAAUGGUGUUUUCAACAAGUACUUGGAUGUUGUCCACUUGCAAGAUGAUACAUUAACCAGGCCGGGCGAGUUUAGUGAUUGGCUACAUUACCAUGACAGUUUCAACAACAACUUCAAUGAUGCCAAUCAGUAUAAUGCCUUGAUUGCUUUGAAAAGUUGGACCUUGUUUAGUGAUUUGAAAACUUUUAGGGAUAUCAAUCUGCUAAUCCCCAAUGUGAAAAACUUGUCGUUUGAAACAUUUGAAAAAUUGAAAGAAAAUCGUCACAUUGUGAAGACGCUAAUUUCAAGUAUUCCAGCUAGUUUACGAUUAGCCCUUGGAAGUACAAAUACCCAUCAUAUUGCAUGUUAUUUCUUACCAUGUCUUACGAAAAUUUUAUCACCAAGCUUAUCCUCAAAAAUGAAGAGUAACUUAACCUCAGCUGAAGUGACCAAGCUUGAAAAAGUUGUCACGUUGAUGGAUAUUUUCAAUUUGACUCUUGAAACGAAAAAGGAUUUUGAAACUGGUCAAGUUGACCUCCAUUUUGGGCCCGAUUGGGACUCAUUGUCCCAUUUCGACACAUUUGUCGCUUCAAGAUCAAGUGCAAUGGAGCUAAAACAACUUCAAUUGAAACGACAACUAUUGUUCCCAUUGAUUAGUGCCGAGUUGGAAAACCAAGCAACGUCGACGCCAAACCUAAAACGGAAACUGGCUGCUGUUGCUGCUGAUGCUGAUGAUGACGAUGGUGCAGGGCGUGAUUCUACAAAAAGAGCCAAAACUGCAAGAAAUGGACAAACUUUUAAAUCUCAAUAUGAUGAUGUCAAUUCUACUGUCAAAUCGGACAAUGAAGUCAUAAAACAAGUGCCUAGAAUAUGGGUCAAUUUCAAUGAAGGGUAUUCGAAUGCUGUUCGAAAAGAAAUUACUUGGAAAGAUAUAUGGUUGCCAUGA